GUAAAUGGCAAUUUUGAUGAUCAUUUUUUAUCAGUCCAAAAAUUGCAACCUAUCGUGAAAAACUGAAAAAUAAGUUUUGGUUUGCCUCCCGAGUGCUUGAUUCCUUUCUCCGACAGACGACCACCAUGGACGGUUGCUUAGACUCUGCUUUCCGUAAUCCCUACGAGCUUUUGCUCAGAGCGGCUGAUUUGAUUCCAAUCUCUCACUAUCUCUUUGUUUCUCUUUCACUGAUUCUCUUGUUUCUUUACAAUUUCGCCGAACUCUAUUUCUUCCGAGAUUUACUUACGGGGUUUAGAGGGAACCCCGUGUCGCUGACAUUCAGUCCCUCCUCUGAGCUAUACGAACGAGUUAUUUCCAGAUGUAGAGUUCUUCAUGGAAGGUUUUCUCCGACUCCAUGGCUUUGUAGUCCGCAUCUACAGACGGCCUUCUUACAUUUUUUCGGGAUGCCUCCCGUCUGCAACUAUAAAAGACAGAUGUUUCAUACACCUGAUGGUGGGACAAUAGCAUUGGAUUGGCUGAACAUUGAUGAUGAUAAGUCACCAUCUAUUAAAACUUAUGAUGGAGUUUACACAAAUGAUAAAAGCCCUAUCCUGAUAGUGGUACCUGGCCUAACAAGUGAUAGCAAUUCUGCAUAUGUAAAACAUCUAGUUUUCAAGAUGGCUAGACGAGGAUGGAGAGCUGUUGUGAGCAAUCAUCGUGGCCUUGGAGGUGUAUCUAUAACCUCUGAUUGCUUUUAUAAUGCUGGAUGGACGGAAGAUAUUCGUGCAGUCAUUGACUAUCUUCAUAUCCAAUAUCCUGAAGCUCCUUUAUUUUCUGUAGGAACAAGUAUUGGCGCUAAUGUUUUGGUGAAGUAUCUUGGUGAGGAUGGGGUCAAUACACCCAUCGUUGGGGCAGCAGCUAUCUGCUCUCCAUGGGACCUUUUGAUAUGCGACAGGUUUAUUAACCGCCGGCAUAUCCAGAAAUACUAUGAUAAAGCUCUAACAAUUGGCUUAAAAGGUUAUGCUCAGCUGCAUGAGUCUGUUUUUUCUCGUCUAGUAGAAUGGGAUGGCAUUGCAAAGUCAAGUAGUGUUAGAGACUUCGAUAAUCAUGCCACUCGUCUCCUUGGUAACUAUGAGACUGUAGACACGUAUUACAGGCAAUGUAGCAGUAGUUGUUAUGUUGGAAAUGUAACAGUUCCUCUUCUCUGCAUUAAUGCAUUGGACGAUCCAGUUUGUACAACAGAAGCAAUUCCAUGGGAUGAGUGCCGGGGAAAUAAAAACAUUAUUUUAGCCACCACCAAGCAUGGGGGACACUUGGCAUUUUUUGAAGGUCUCACUGCUACAAGUGUUUGGUGGGUAAGGGCAGUUGAUGAAUACUUUGAAGCUUUGUACUCUAGUCCUUUUAUCAAAGAAAGAGGCACACGAGAUGCCACCACAUCAACUAACCUCAUUGAAUCUUCAAUUGAUCAAGCUCCUUAUGUGAGAUUGAUAGAUGAUGGAAUGGUGACUGCAGUUGCUGAUGAGCCGCCACCAAGAAAUGAUGUAGGAGGACAGCCGACUGAACACUUCAUCAAAGAACAUGACACGCAUGGUGAACUAUCUUUACAGUGUGAUGACAAAAUGAUUCCACCGGAAGAAGCAAAUGUGAGUAUCACUGCCGAGUUUGCUGAACCCAAUGAAAACGACACUGUAAAGGUGUUUCCGGUUUGGAAAUGCUUAAAUCAGCUGUCAAGGCGGAGCAGGGCUUCGAUUUGGCUUCUUGCCUAUGUUGCAAUGGUCACAACUCUACCCGUUCUGGCUCCUUCAAUCCGGCUGUUGUUUGGUAAAAGGUUAAGACGCCUCUUUUCGCUCAGAAAAUAACAUGGUUGAAUAACUCCCUGAGAGGGUGGUUAUUGCAGCUUUGAAGGAGAGGCAAAACCAUCUCCAAUAAAACCGACCUUUUCAUCACUAUAUGUUUUGAAUUGUUCUCCUUGGUGCACAUAAAUACCAGAAUCCUUUAUAUAUUUAUGAAUAUAAUAUAAUAUAAUAAUAAUAACAAGUUAUUAUCCAGCAUGUGUAUUGUAAGAAAGUGGUGUUAAAAAUCUGAGGGUGCGGAUUGUAAGAAGGUGCUGUUAAAAAUUCAAGAUAUUAGUUAUUAUCCAAUGUUCCAAAAUUAAAAUAAAGAAGAUAUAAAGUGGCUAUUC